CAUGGACAUCACAGAUUAGCCCGAAUGCAGCCCGCUUCUGAGGCCAUGGGCUGACUCAGCAAGUUUGGCAGCGAGGGCAUAAAAUAUCAUGCAAGGCCCUACAGCAUUCCAGAGGAUAUUGGGUGUAGUCUUAGUAAUUUCCUUUUUGAUGACUGUGGGUUCAAGUGAGAGGACCAACAUGGCUUGGGCUUGUAACGCACCACCCUUUUGGGUUCACAGCCCUCUUAAAAUCCAAACAAACCCAUUAAAAUUUUUAAGAAUUGAAGCAAACCCAUCAAAUAUUAAGAAGAAAAACCAUCAAAUUCUUGCCCAAAAAAGAUGCCUUAGAUGCAAUAGUUUGUACGAGGACAAGGAUAAUUCCCCUACGGCUUGCCUCUUCCAUGGCCACACUAAUGGGGAGAGAGGUUUGUUUGCAUUGGCACCACCACACCAAGGUAUAGAUGGUGAGUGGAGUGAAGGGAGUGGAGUGAUAGUGUACAAAUGGAAUGACAAGGACAAUAGGCCCAACACUGGGAGGCCAAACUGGAAGAAGAGGUGGAGUUGUUGUGGUGAAUAUGAGGAGAGGGCAUCACCUUGUAGGAGAGGAUGGCAUGUCUCCUAUGACGACGGGUUCACUCUAUUCUAGCUUGGGUUGAUCUUGGCUUGUAAUAUGCAGACUCAAUGGUUUGUAGGCAAGAAGUUUCUGUCAUGUAAAGAUAAUUUUUUUAAUGUAUUAUGUAUGAAUAAAAUUCUCAAGUAAA